AUGAACGAACGUCAUACAGAGAUGAUGGUCAUGGUCAAAGGGCCAUCGGAUCCUCCAAUCAUUGAUGGAACGCAAAACUUGCAGGACGGUGUAUUAUCUAACGUAACUUGUACAUCAAACAAUGGUUACCCAGAACCAACCUUCCAGUGGUAUAUUGGAGCAAAGAACGUCACCACCAACUCAACAACACAAUCCUCCUUGAAUACAUAUCGAUUUGAUGCCGGAAGUGUCCUCAAACUCUCCCCUACAAAAGAUGAUCAUGGGAAACAUAUAGUCUGCCAGGUCUCUCAAGCGAAUGUGAAGUCACAGAGUGUUAAUGAUGUUCUCUUUGUCCUUUAUCCUCCCGUGAUUGUGUACUACUCUAUUCGUCGAGUAUUCAAUAUGCAAAACAGCGUCGAUGCCAUUCUUACAUGUAGAUCAGAUAGUAGACCAAAAGCCUCAAUAACCUGGUUCUUGAAUGGUACUGAACUCAACAACAUUCCACCAUCUGAGCUAUUUGUGUCUGUUACCCAAUCGGACCGGCAAUACUUGGACAACGCCAAUAUAAACGUAACUGCUGGAGAUCCAUACAGCAUCACAUGUGAAGCAGAUCGGGCAAGGCCUCCUGCAGUACUGGACUGGCUAUUAUCAGAGGACGUGGCCGUUGUUCAUCAGGAUCAAUCUGAUGUCAUUCAAGAUGGAUCUUACAUCUCCCAGAAAGCUGUGACAAUCAUGCCCUCCAUGAAUGACCAAGGAAAGAUUCUUAACUGCACCGCGUCACAUCCAGAACUAGGAAACAACCUUCAUUGUUCAAUUCAUCUGAAUGUCAAUCAUUUGCUUUUAAAAGAUCCUCUCCAACUUCGAAGAGUCAAAGUUAGUAAAUUUUGUGCUUGGAACAACUCAACUUGUUCAUCGUAA